GGCGGGCUCGCACCAUUCCCUGAACUCUAGUCGUUGGGAAUUUAGAGAUGUACGGUAAAGAAAGUUUGUAAUUGCACUACAGGCAAAGUUCUUUAAAAUAUCAACGGAUUACUCAAAUUCAAUUCACUGUGUUUUAACGUACGUAUACUACGUACAGGAAAAUGUCUCAACCAUCUGUGGCGGAGUUUUUUAACACACGAAAGCGGCACGCCAACGACGAUUUAUUACGCAGCAAGUCGAAAGUAAUCAUUCUGGAUGACGAACAUGAAACCAUUACGAGGCACAAUUUGGACGCACCUGCUACAGAUAUUAGUGCAACGAAAGUAAAUUCUAGGUUAAUUUACCCAGUGAGCAGAGAAACAACUGUUCACCCAGUUGAUGAGGAAGGCCAAGUUAAGCCUAAAUCAAAAGGUGUAGUUCGUAACAUUCAGUUUGACUCUCCAAAGUCAAGUAUUCAGCAGACAUCUAAAACGAUGUCAAGAGCUCGUGUCACUCGAUCGAGGAAAUUGUCAGUCCAGGAAGGCCAAAUGGAUAUUAGGGAUACAUUUCUAAAGAUUAGCUCAGAAUCAAAAAACGUACCUUUCGAGAAGAAAGGAAUACUAAGUCCAAUUAAAAAGGGGGUGGUGACACCUAAAAAAGAUGAAUGCUUGCUACGACCAACUUCCUCUAUUACUUACACUUCAGAAAAAGAAUCUAAUGUUACAAGUGAGCCAUCAGCUGUUGGUUCUGUUACUCCAAAGAAGAAUUCUUGUAUGAUUAAAUUGGCAAAGCAAGACAUGAGUUUAGAUGAAAUUGAAACAAAAAUCAAAAAGUCUUCUAAGCUGAAAGAACUAAGGGAGUCUAUAGCAAGAAUAAAAAAGUGUGAAGAAAAUUUAGCACAAUUUCAAAAGAAAACUGCACCUAAGAAUGUUCAAAUACAGAAAUUUAAUAAAAUUCAAUUAGAGAUUCCAGUCAGCCCUCAAAAGGUACAUCAGUCCUUGAGCAAGAUAUUUUUGAGUCCUGUAAAGAAUGUAGAGCUUCCUAAAACUGCAAGUCCUGAAAGACGACUUUUAUUUGCUCCAAAAGAACCGAGUCCAGUUAAGGUCAGCCCUACUAAAACACCAGCUUAUCAGAAAUAUCAAUCUUUGGUAGACAGUGGAAUUCCUGCUCUUCCAUUACCAUAUAAUUACAGAUUCUUAGCUGAAGUAUUCAGAUGCAUUGAUACGGUUUCUGCUAUGCUGUAUAAUCGUAAGGAAAUUAUAACGUUUAAGAAAUUAAAACCAGCUGUUCAAGAAUUGGUCCGUCGUAACUUCACUUUGGAGCAUUUGGCGCAGAUUAAGAGCAUUUAUCCUGAAGCAUUCCAGUAUCACCAAGAAAAAGUUCAUGUUUUUGGCUCAAUGCCUACACAAGAUAAAUAUGAACUCAUCUUAACCCCAUUGGUAACAAAUUCAAACAAUGAGAGUAACAUGACAGAUGCCAAUGAAUUGUUAAAAUCCCAUGAAAUGAUGAGCCCAAGUAUAUUGUUAGAAAGACGAAGGAAAUUCUACAAAAUUUUAUUAGAUAUGGUUAAGGAUCAGCAUGAAAAGUUUUUGCUAAAUUUGCAACCACCAAUGAUAAUUCCUAAGGAAAGGAUUACAAGAUGGCACCCAGAAUUCGAUGUCAAUACUUGUGAAAUUAUCAAACCAUCUGAAUUACCGCUACCACCUAAUAUAAACAAAGCUUCAUCUGUUAGAGACGUUCUUGAUAAAGCAAAAUCAUUAUUCCAUUGCAACACUCGAAUAGAAAAAGCUUUACAGCGUUUAGCAGAAACAAAAAUGUCCUCAAAUUUUGGAGCUUCAUCUGUGGUUUUAAGCACAGUAUUGACGAAAGAUGCCACAGAUCAAGUGGAGAGUAGUAAUAAACACUGUAAAGUUGAAAUCUCUAUAGUAGAUACUCCUCCAGCAACACCCUCCUCGCACAGCAAUUAUCUCAGCUCAGCUUUUAAAGGCAUUCCUACAGCUCUUCUAGAGAAGGUUCGAGCUAAACAAGCAGCAAAAGCAUUAGAAACAAUGACAAGAAGCUCAUCUGCUGACAAGGAAGCAAUGUUAUAUUCAAGGCUUCCAGAAUUGGCUAAAGUUUUACGCAACAUUUUUGUAGUAGAAAAGAAGUCGGUUUUAACUAUGGAAAGUGUGAUUCAAAAACUGGACAAUUCAUUCAGGGUGAAGCUGACACCGAAUGAAAUGGAAGAACACAUUAAUUUACUUUGUAAACUGUUACCCACUUGGUUAAACAUACAUAAAGUCAGAAAAGUAGACUAUUUAAAACUUGCAAAAGAUGUAGAUAUGGGUAAAGUAAUCAAGAGAUUACAAUUUACAGCAAAUGAAAAAGUGAAUGGCUCUUGAUGACGAGGACUUUAAGGUCAGAGGAUUGCUGUGUAAACUUAAUCUUCCUUUGUCUUGCAACACUGAUUAAUUGAUGUACUACUAAUAUUCAGAUUAACGUAGCCGUAAACACCUACAUAGAAUCAUGAUAUUAUUUAAAUGUUACUUUUUGUCAUAGUUUCAUAUGUUUACAUAUAUCUAGAUCUCAACUGAACGAAGGAAUAUGCAUCAUUGAAAACUUUAUAAUUUAUGCCUUCAAGUUUAAAUUAUCUAUGUGAAGUGAAUCCUUGUCACAUUAUUACAUACAUGAAUGCAACAUUUGUAUUAUCAUUUUUUAUUUUAUCAAUGAAACGGCCAGAAAUAAUACAUUGCAGAUGUACUGAUACAUAGCAAUUAAUAUCAGAAUCAAGAGGACAGCGGUCCCAAUUGCACUUUCCAUUUUUUAUCCGCAAUAACAUGACUCAUUAGUUUCUAUUCAUUUUGAUGUUUUAGCAGUUUUUGCAUUAAUACAAUCACUGCAAUGUUAUACUCAAUUUUGGCUUGAAAGUCAUGUAAUAGUAAUCAUAACUGACGUAUGCUUGUAUGAAAUCGUUUAAAACCGCUCAUAAAUUAUAUCACGAAUAUGAGACAUGCCAUUUUGUUACCCAUAAGUGUGAGUUUUUGUAAGUACACAUUUUGUGUGAAUAAAAAUUUGUAAUCAUAGUAA